AUGGCAAUAACUAGAAGCAGAAACGGAGCUCGGGAGGAAUCAUCUGGCAGCGGCGGCACUAAUACGAACACCGAUAACACGUCCGCUACCGCUGGGACGUCCGCGACCGCUGGGACGUCCGCGACGGACGGCACGUCCGCGACGGACGGCACUACCGCGACGGACGGCACUACCGCCACGUCCGACACCGACGCCACGGGCACCACGACUGGCACGGGAACCACGGCGGACACAGAAGCAACGACGGAAUCAGGAGCAACCACGGAGGGUACAAGCGCGGCCCAAGAAGAGGUCACGCCCGAGGAUGCCGCCGUCGCCGCCACGCCCGCCGACACCUCUGGUAUCAGAGCCACGCCCGCCGCCAGCACCAUAGCCACGAUCGUCGAAAAACAGCUGAUGCCUCCACCGCUCGGCACGAAGAGGUGCGCUAAGCCCGCUCGGUCACACCGAUCCAAGGCCUCCAGCAAGAGGCUCCUCGCGGAGCUAGAGGCCAAGGAGAAGUUAGCCGAGCUGGAGCUCAAGCGCAUCGAAGCCCAAGCUACGCUGGCAAAAAUCAGAGAAGAAAGAAGAAACCUCUCCUCGUCGGGUGAAGACUCCGAACAAGAAGAGGAAGACCUCGGCCCCCAGAGAUUAGCCGAUUGGUUCGACCGCCCGAUUCAAGACGCGGUCGAACACCACGCCGCGCGCCCCCCUGCGCACCGCGCGCGGCACCACAAGCAGACAAUGGAUGUGACGUCACUCGCAGCAGCCCUGACCGACGCCCUACAAGCGAACAGAUCGAACAGGAAGUACCUGCCAGACCUGCCGUCGUUCAGUGGACAGUGCGCGGAGUGGUUACAGUUCAAAGCCGCUUACAACGAGUCGGCGCCUAGUUUCGCGAACAGUGAAAACGUCGCUCGCAUAAGAAAGAGCCUCAAGGGCGCCGCCCUAGAAGCCGUCAGUGCACUCCUCAUCAGCCAGCCGCGUCCAGACGAUAUCAUCAAGGCCCUGGAACGCCGCUACGGGAGGCCCGACGCACUACUCCUGAACGAGAUGGAGAGAAUAAAGGCCUUGCCACGACUAGCCGAGAGCCCGCGCGACCUGUGCACGUUCGCCGGACGUAUCGCCAACGCCGUGACAACGAUCGAGAUAUUGAAGAAGCCUCAGUAUCUUCACAACCCCGAGUUACUGAGGUCUAUAGUGGAAAAGUUAACGCCCAUAUUAAAAAGUAAGUGGUACGACUACGCCGCGAGUGAUGAAGACACGCCGGAACUUAAGAAGAUAGCCGACUUCCUCAACAACGAAGCCGACAAGUGCACGCCCUAUGCCCCGCCCGAGACCAUAGCGGAGCCCAAGGAAGCACGAGCCACGAAAAAGAAGCCCGAGCGUACCUGCGUAGCCGUCGCCGAAGUGAAGAAAACAAAAGAAGAAAAGUUACCCUGUCCAGUGUGUGACCAGUCCGCCCAUCAACUGCCGACGUGCCCGCAAUUCACUAAGCUGGGCACGAACGAGCGGUGGGAAAUAGCGAAGAAACACAACAUGUGCUAUCGGUGCCUCGUCAGCAAACAUCGCCGCUUCGUCUGCCGAGCCAAGCCCUGCGGUCAUCAAGGCUGCGCUAUGCGUCACCACAAGCUGCUUCACCACGAGAAGGCCCCGACAGACACCGUCGCCGCCUCGAACGAGCCGACGCAGCCCCGCAAGUCCGACGAGGUCGUGGCCAUAGCCGUCAAGCAAGCCGUACACGCCGCGACCCGGGCGAGCCGCGCCUACCUCAAGAUGGCGCCAGUACUACUCCGGGGGCCGCACACGGAAGUGGCUACGUUCGCGCUCCUAGACGAAGGCAGUACAGUGACUAUCAUCGACUCUGCGAUCGCCGCCGCCCUCAACCUUGACGGGCCCACCGAACCUAUGUGGGUCCAAGGCGUGGGCGGGAACGAGAUGGCGUACGAGAAGAGCAAGAGAGUGGAUGUCCGCAUACGCAACAAACACGGAGGGGACGAGCAGCUAGUGACGAACGCGCAUACAGUCGGGCGCCUUGACUUCACCACUCAAACGAUCAGCGAGCGAGAGAUAGACGACUGUGAACAUCUGCGGGAUAUCAAGCACCUGUUGACAUAUGAAGACGCUACACCGGGAAUACUGCUCGGACAAGACAACUGGGAACUCGUUGUGUCGCGCAAGUUGAAAAAGGACGGCGCGAUCAGCCGGUAG